AUGCCUGAUCCGCGCACGUUCGAACAGGUCGUGCCGUUCAAGUACUACGCUGAGUGGAUCAAGACACAGGACGGCGGGCGUCGGAUGGAGCAGGAGGACAUCCGAGAGCGCUACGAGGACUACCGCCGCGAGGCUCUGCAGCGGCUCUACACGCAGUUCUUCUCAGUGCAUAAGGACGACGACUGGUUCUGCGAGCGUUUUGAGCCCGAGAGGCGCAAGGAGUACAUGCAGAAACUGGCCAGCCAAAAGGCAGAGAACUUACGCAGCUUUGUUUCCGAUCUGGACUCGGGGAAGCUCGACAAGCUGACGCUCACGGCAACCACCGAGCAGGUGAUGCAGCACGAGGUCAAUCGCCGUGAUUUGUCGAGCUCCAACCGCCUUGGUGGAGACGAUGACGACGAUGGUUCCGAGAGCUACACGCUGUUUAUUCGUACAGUGCCGCCCAGCGUGUCGCGCGCGGUGCUCGAGGGGGAGCUGACCAAGCAGCCUGGGUUCAAGCACCUGUCGCUGUCAGAGCCGCGGCAGGACAAGCAGUACCACCGCUUUGGCUGGGUGCGGUUUGAAAACGGCACUGAUAUGGACAAGGCUGUUGAGAGCCUGAGCAACAUCAAUAUUGACCAGUUCCAAUUCCACUUUUCGCGGCACAACAAUGUCUCUUCGGGGAUCAUCCGCUUGACACCCGACGUGUGCAGCACCGAGGAACGUAUCCGACUCGACCUGAAGCUCGCGCGCGAGGCCGUCAGGUCGGUGGACGAGCACACUGAUAGGGAGGUCGACGAAAAGAGGGUUCCCGAGGAGGGCGCGGCCGACGAGGACGACCAAGACGAUGGCGAGGUGAAGGGCAACAUUGCCGCGACACGUCGCGAGCUCGACCUGCUGGUGGAGUACCUGCGGCGCGUGCACUACUACUGCUACUACUGCGGGCACACGGCCGAUAACCUGGAGGACUUUAUGCGGCGGUGCGCCAAACAGCACCUGCGCCGCGGGCUGCCUGGAAACCGCAGCCCGCAGCCGUCGGGCAACUGGACGCGCAACCUGGACAACCGCAACGACGUCAUCAUCCACCCGCUGCAGGCCGAACGGUUGUACAAAGAGGGCGGCAAGUCGCUGGAGCUGGAGACCGACAAGGAGUUGGACAACCACAUCAAGCAGCUGGACGAGGGCCGCUACCGCUGCCUUCUGUGCACAAAGCUGUUCAAGGGCGAUGCGUUUGUGCGCAAGCAUAUUCGCAACAAGCACCCCGAGGCCGUCCCUGAGACGUUGGUGCAUGAGAUCUCGUUCUUCAACAACUUUGUGCGCGAGGCCCCGCAUUUGAUGAUGCCUGGCAUGAUGAUGCCCGGUAUGAUGGCUGCGCCAUACAUGAUGCCUGGCAUGAUGCCCGGCAUGUUCCGCGGCGGCCGUGCCAACAAUGGCCGCGGCGCGUCUAGCGGUGGCAAUCGUCAGGACCCGCGCGCAGUGCGCUCUUACGUCGAUUUGGACGCUCCCGCCGAGGGCGAGACCGACUUUGGCUUCUAA